GAUUCGCGUCUGAGGCGAACAUUCGAUAUUUAUUAGUUUUGGAAAUACUGCCACUAAAUACGAGUGACUUUUGCUUUUUAUCGACACUAACUCAUAUGUCUGAUCAAUGUUUUGAAAUAUCCGAAUGUAACCAUGGAUAUAUCUGGUCUUUGAACUAUUUAUUAUGGAUUUGUGGACGAGGAAAUACAUGCAAGACGCUGAACUGAGGUGAUUUUUGAGAUAGAAUGAAAGAAAGAAAUUGAAAGAAAGAGGACUUCUUUCCGCUGGGUUGAGAUGGAGAGGAUGCGCGCGCUCGGAUGGAAGUUUUCUCACAGAGCUCCUCAUCGACUGAAUUAUGACAUAAACAAUCCAAAGCAUCUUAUAAAGCCAAGUAUGAAAUACAUUUAUAAAAUCAUCCUCUUCAGUGGAGUGGAAAUAUGAUGAUGAGAGCGAGAUCUACCUGUGCGUAAUGGACACACAACAUUAGGAGGAGGAUACAUAUGCAGGCUUGUUUUGCCGUAGCAAUGAUUGCAACAGGAGGGGUGAUCACAGGGCUCGCUGCAUUGAAAAGACAAGACUCCAUUCGCACUCAGUAUCAUCUACCAAUCCAGAGCCCCACCCCUGCACCUGAGAAGAAACAUGCUAAGCGUAAAACUCGAGCUGAUGUGGUGGUAGUGAGGGGGAAGAUCAGACUGUAUUCCGCUUCUGGGUUUUUUCUGGUUUUGGGAGUGCUGAUCCUCAUGGCAGGUAUUGCGAUGGCUGUUUUAGGAUACUGGCCGCACAAGGACCACCAGAAGGCACCAGAAAGCAAGCUCUCCAUGAAUGAUACAAAGUUUGGGCGAGGGCAGAUGGGCUCCAUGGCACAAUUUUUUGAGCAGCACCUGCAUUCGGAGAAGAUGAAAAUGUUCGGUCCUUUCACCAUGGGAAUUGGGAUUUUUAUAUUUAUCUGCGCCAAUGCCAUCCUUCAUGAGAACAGAGACCGUGAGACCAAGAUUAUACACAUGAGGGACAUGUACUCGACCGUCAUAGACAUUCACAGCAUGCGGUUUAAGGAGCAGAAAUGUACGAAUGGGGCCUACGUGGGUACCUAUGCAGACUCAGAGAUUCGUUCCUUCAGUCAAGACAGUCAUUUUGACUCACGGCUCGCAGCUAACACAUUAAUGUCCUUCUCUGAUCUAGACAGUGACCUCCAAUUCUCCCACAGAACCAGCUCUGAGGAUGAGGAGGGUCUAAUGAAUGAGGCAAAAGGUGGAUUAAGCCUGUUGUCACCUACCUACAAGGACCGAACUGAAUCAUUCUUUGGGUUCCAGUCUGAGAGCCGUCGUCAGUGGGAGGGUAAGAGUGGUGCACUGAAGAAAUGUCAAACGCGGUCCAUCGUUUCCUCCUCCAUCAGCGCCUUCACGUUGCCUGUCAUCAAACUCAACAACUGUGUCAUCGAUGAGCCUGAAAUUGAUAGCAUCACGGAGGACUUGGAGCUGAACAGGGAUCACUCCAGACCUCUUUCGAUGGAAUCUUUAACAGUCCCUGUUCCUGUCGUCGCCAAAGCUUUCAAACCUCACGGUGCCCAGCUGCUCCGGAGCAACUCGGCUACAGAAUCCCCUAGCUCCACAUUUUCCCAUUCCUCACUGUCUGCUGGAUCCACCAGCGGUAGAUUCCUGUCACCUGGAGCUGCUCGUAAAGAAUUUGGUUCCAAUAACUCCCUCCACGUGUUGUCAGCACAUUCCAAAUCUCUGGAUUUAGAGAGAGGGCCCACAAGGCUGACUGUCCAGCCUGAACAAAGGAAACACCCUAGCUGGCCUAGACUGGACCGCAGUAAUAGUAAAGGAUACACUAAACUGGAGAACAAAGAGGACCCUAUGGACAGGCUAAUAGUGCCCCCAAUGGCCAUGAAGAAGGACUACACUAAAAAGGAGAAACUUCUCAUGAUCUCCAGGUCUCACAAUAACUUGAGCUUUGAGCAUGAUGAGUUUAUAAGCAGUAGUCUGAAGAGAGGCACCUCAGAGACCAGAUUUUAAAAUCGAAUUAGUUUCAAGGCUGCAAUAGCCACACAUAAGGCACACAUAUAUGUUCACACAAUGGCUUUUGGUUUUCAAGAUCUGGUUGCAAUACAGGAUAAAGUAAUUGCUGUUUUUAAAUAACAAUCUUUGAACACAGAGCUCAGGCAGUUGGCAGAUUAGUAAACUGUCAUUGCGCAGGAAAUACAAAAAGUGACCGGUAUUGAUAAAUAAAAGUAUGGGUAAAUAGCAAGUGAUUCAAUAAACAAAAGGUUGAUUAAACCUGUUGAAAUGUGUUUGUAUUGUCUUUGUUAAUGUUCAGACAUCACCUAUUGUCUGUUUUGAGUGCAGUCUGUGUGUUGUACAAGAGCUGUUAGUUAUUUUACUAUGGGGGCUUUAAAUAAUGUAUUGUUUAAAACACACACUGCUAUUUUUGAAGAGAACUUAUCAAUGUAUAAUUUAUCAGUUUCUCAGAAUAAAGAUAACCUU